CUUUCAUCUUCCAACCGUAAUUACCUCUUUGAUUAAUGAAUUCAAUGACGGGAUCAACAUCUGCCUAAUUCCAUCCCGGAGACAAGACAAAGUUAUACUGAGUCUUUGAUUCGCUCGUAGUAGCCAUCAUGUUGGCGGCGCAUCGCGACCAAGAGAAUCUGGUCGUUAGCCAGCAAGUUCCGACCAAACAGCAACACAAUGCACGAUUUCCAAAAACCCCAUCUCGAUUUCCUCAACAUGACGAGAAUGCUCCCACAGCCUUUACUGGCAAGACCGGAUUGGGUGGAGUGAAGACACUGAACAAAGGCAAUGGAACACGACAGGCCAUGGUCACCCCAAUGGGUACCCAGAAUCGAGCUCCUCUAGGCAACAAGACCACCAAUGCCAAGGCUAAGAACGGGCAGCUUGGUGGUGUUAAGAACAUCAUCCAGGGUAUUGAGCAAACGCAACUCAAGCCAACGGCACAGAAGCCCAAGCAGCGACCAGUGGAUCUUGCACCUCUUGAGAUUCGACUCAAGGAAGAACAGAAACCCAUCGAGCCACAGGAAGAAGAGCCGGAAUAUGCCCCGCCGAUGCCCAAGGAUCUCCCAUAUGAAUCGGACUGCUUCCCCAAAGAUAUGCUGACCCUCGAGGGCUUGAAGAAGGAAAAUAUUAUGAAGGGAUACUAUCAGCAUUUCUACAACCCAAUCGAUGAUGACGGUGUCUCUCUACAAGACCGGCAGCUUGCAGAGACAAUGAAGAAAGUUGCUGCCAAGGCGGAGGAGCGAAAUAAGCAAGAGAGGGCAGCUUUAGCCUUCAACAUUGACGAUCUUUCAGACACCGAAGUGCAGAUCAGGGCACCAGCACCAAAGGCUUCUAUUGCGGACUCGGAGCGAAAGGUCAAAGGGCAUCCGAACCAAGCAGCCUUCGAGUCUGGCAUCAAGGCCAAGGCUUCGAGUGUGGCACGAACAACAAAGAUUCGAAAGCCUCUCACCUCUUUAUAUCAAAGCAAGAAGCCUGUCGCCAGAAGUGUGGUGCCUGCCAAGACAUCGCCUGCAGAGAGUGCUACUGGCGUAGCUGCAUCCCGAACCACCAUCGGCUACAACCGAGGUAGAUCAGCAUCCUCAAUGGUCAACGCUCAACGUCGCGGGCCUACGGCGCCUGUUGGAACACAGCGUGCUGUCAAGCCCGUCGAGACAGUCAACUCUUUUCAGUCUGAUCUUACUAUCACCCCAGCUCGCCUCCGCCAGGCGGUAAAGCAGCAGCAGGAAGCCAAGCCGAGACCUCAGUUCAUGUCUAUCUUCGAUGAGGAUGAAGAUGACGAUGAUCUCCCACCUCUGAGCCAGCCGCUUGACAUCUCCGACGAUGAAGAGGAGGAGUUUGAGCUGAAGCUGAACUUCUAA